UCUUGCAGCAGUGAAGACAGCUCAGUGACCAUCUUUUUCUUUCAUGACCCAGUUAUAAACACAGACACUUAUAUACACGAGCGAAUACUCACCUAUAUGAACAUACACACGUACAUCCUACCCUAUGAGCACUUUUGAAGAAUUGAGUUAGAUCGACAAAUCUCGAAAUUGAUGAAGGCAUCAUAGCUGCUUCGCUGUUGACAGACAUGUCGCCUACCACUGAAAGCAUAACACCAUUAAAUCCUGAAAUAGAUCUAAAAAAAUACGAGUACCCAAGUCAGAUAUUUGAACUCAGGUGGACAUGUUCAACAAUGCAAGCAGCAACCCUCGAUGAAUAUACAUUUUACAAACCACUCCCUCCUCCUCCCAUAGUCCACUCCAGUCCUUCGUCACAGUUGGCACUUUUAUUUCGCAAAAUAAUUUGCGAUUUCCCACCAAAUGCCGCAUCAUCAUCACCUUUGUUGCAAACACGACAAUAAGUAGCAAGUACCGGACACCCAAAAUCUUGCAAACGCAAACCUCGACCAAGCAAGCCCUUGAUCAUCUUGAUGGGGUCCACCGAGGAGCAGCAGCAGCCGGUGCCGGUGGUGGCUGCCGCCGUGGAGGAGGAGGAGGCGUCGCCGGAGAUCAUCUUCCGGUCCAAGCUCCCGGACAUCGCCAUCACCAACUUCCUCCCGCUGCACCGCUACUGCUUCGAGCGGCUCCCCGAGGUGGCCGACCGCCCCUGCCUCAUCGACGGCGCGACCGGCGCCGUGCGCACCUACGCCGAGGUGGACCGCCUGACCCGGCGCCUGGCCGCGGCGCUCCGGCGCGCGCCGCUGGGGCUGGGCCGCGGCGCGGUGGUGAUGAACCUGAUGCUGAACUCGGCCGAGUUCGUGCUCUCCUUCUUCGCCGCGUCCCGCGUGGGCGCCGCGGUCACCACCGCCAACCCGAUGUCGACGCCGCACGAGAUCGCCAACCAGAUCGCGGCCUCCGGUGCCACCGUCGUGUUCACGGAGUCCAUGGCCGUGGACAAGCUCCCCGCCGUCCAGGACGACGGCGGCGGACUCACGGUCGUCCUCAUCGACGCGCACCGCGACGGGUGCCUCCACUUCUGGGACGACGUCAUGGCCAGCGUCCCCGACGACGAGGACCGAGAAGCAGAGGAAGCGGCGGCGGCGGCGGGCUUCGACCCCGACGACGUGGUGGCGCUGCCCUACUCGUCCGGCACGACGGGGCUCCCCAAGGGCGUGAUGCUGACGCACCGGAGCCUGAGCACCAGCGUGGCGCAGCAGGUGGACGGCGACAACCCCAACAUCGGCUUCACCGCCGACGACGUGAUCCUGUGCUCGCUGCCCAUGUUCCACAUCUACUCGCUCAACACCAUCAUGAUGUGCGGCCUCCGCGUCGGCGCCGCCAUCGUGGUCAUGCGCCGCUUCGACCUCGCCAGGAUGAUGGAGCUCGUGGAGCGCCACCGGAUCACCAUCGCCCCGCUCGUGCCGCCCAUCGUGGUCGCCGUCGCCAAGAGCGACGAGGCCGCGUCCCACGACCUGUCCUCCGUCAGGAUGGUGCUCUCCGGCGCCGCGCCCAUGGGGAAGGACAUCGAGGACGCCUUCAUGGCCAAGCUCCCCGGCGCCGUGCUCGGACAGGGGUACGGCAUGACGGAGGCUGGGCCGGUGCUGUCCAUGUGCCUGGCGUUCGCCAAGGAGCCCUUCAAGGUGAAGUCCGGCGCGUGCGGCACGGUGGUGCGCAACGCCGAGCUCAAGAUCGUCGACCCCGACACCGGCAAGUCCCUCGCCCGGAACCUCCCCGGAGAGAUCUGCAUCAGGGGCCAGCAGAUCAUGAAAGGUUACCUGAACAACCCGGAUGCGACGAAGAAUAGCAUCGACGCUGACGGUUGGCUGCACACCGGCGACGUCGGCUUUGUGGACGACGACGACGAGAUCUUCAUCGUCGACAGGCUUAAGGAGAUCAUAAAGUACAAGGGUCUCCAGGUGGCCCCUGCAGAGAUAGAGGCCCUGCUCAUCACCCACCCAAGCAUCGCCGAUGCCGCUGUCGUCGGGAAACAAGUCGAGCCGGAAAUCGGAGAAAUCCCGGUCGCCUUUGUGGCCAAGGCCAAAGGGAGCGAGCUUAGUGAAGAUGACGUCAAACAAUUUGUGGCCAAGGAGGUGAUCUACUACAAGAAGGUCCGUGAAGUGAUCUUCAUUGACAAGAUCCCCAAGGCCCCAUCGGGCAAGAUAUUGCGCAAGGAGCUAAGGAAGCAGCUUCAGCAACAAGUGGCGUGAUUUUAAAAAGAAAAAAAAAACAGUUGUGCAUUAUUUUAUGAUUUGUUCUGAUGUCGACAAGAGUUUAUCGGAGGCACAAAGAAUUUUAUCUCUUGAUGUGUAAUGUAUCUAGCUAAAUGGUGAGGCAGGGGCAGGGAGGCUUGAUGGAAUGUACAUGGAUAUUUUAUUUGCGAAGGUACAUCAUAUUGAGGUGACAUGUUUAGGGUUUCUGGUUUAGUUGGUGGUGGUGAGAGCGCAUAUCUAUGUCUUUCUUGACUUUGAGGGCUACUUGUCAAGCAUUCAUGGCCGUGUCUUGAAAAAUUCUUCUGUUUCUUUUCUUCCAAAUGUUCCACAUCAUAUAAAUUACCGAUCCAUUGAAGUACA